AUGGGCGAUCCGUUGGAGGUGAAGCCGCUGGUGCAGCCGCGGAAGGUGGAGGAACUCGGACCCGAGGCGAAGUCCUACAAAGGCUACAAGGUGAGCUUCAAGAACCAGGAGGCCCGGCGUGUCGUCAGCGUGGCAUUCUCGCCGGCCACUCCGCACAAGCUGGCGGUCGUCAGCGGGACGAAAGUGGGACUCUGGCAGAGCGCUCCCAGCAAGGAUGGCACGCUCGAGGAGACCAACUCGAUCUCAAAGUUCAAGGACCUCACCCAGUGCGUGGCUUGGCGAGACGAUGGUCGGCUGAUGCUCGCUGGAGAGGCCUCUGGCUCGUGUGCCGUCAUUGAGAUGGAGACCCGGAGCAUCCUAAGGAGGCUGCGAGGACAUGGUGACGCUGUUACUUGUGCAGCCUUCGCCGAGUCCGACAAGAGUCGCGUGGCGACAGGAAGCAAGGACGGGAAGCUCCGUCUCUGGGACGUAGCCACUUCCGAGCUGCUCCAAACGGUAGAUGCCCACAGCGACGCGCUGAAAGUGCUUUCGGCGGGUCCUGUGGGUGCAGACUCCUGGAUAACAGCCGGGUACGACAAGUGCGUGAAGUUGUGGGACUCGCGCAGCCCCUCCAAAGAGGGGCUCGACGACGAGAAGGCCAAAGCUGCCAUCAGCGUCUCGCACGACCACGCUGUGGAGGCCGGGGUAUCGUUCCCUGGCCGUGCACUCUUUGCCUCGGCGGGCGGCACCGCAGUGAAGGUCUGGGAUCUGGCUAUGAGUGGUCGGGUCCUGCACGAUCUUCCCGACAUCCACUCCAAGGUGAUCAUGGGAAUUUGCCUGGACUCGCAGGCAUCUGCUCUCGUGACGGCUUCCUUCGACGGCCUUUCAAAGGUCUACAACACUGUGACAAUGUCACAUCUGUGGACCUACCGGUUGCCAGGCCCGGCAUCUUCAAUCGCUUGGUGUCCAGACGACACCGGCUUUGUCGUAGGGCUAGAAGAUGGGAGCUGGCUCUUGCGAAGUCGCAAGGUGCCGAUCCAGAAGAAGCCCCUGGAAACUGGACAGCUUGCAAAGCCGAAACGCAUUCACCGCGUGGAUGGCAAGGGUCAGCAAAAAGACGAUGACGAAUGGGCCCCUCACCUGGCUUUUGAGGGCAUUUCAGGCAGUAUUUCGGGUGGUUUCGGUAGAAGCAUUCCUCCACCCCCGCCCAAGCUUGUGCAUUAA